CACAAACUGACAAUGUCACAUUUGUUUUCUACACGCGCUAAUAUUUUUGUUUUCCUCUAUUUUCCCAUAUUUUUUGCAAAAUGAACAACUUUCGAUAAUAAAAAGUGAAUCCUAAAGAUUUCCAGAACUCCUGAGCAACUAUUUUACGGUGGGCAGGAAAAUGGGGAAAAAGGCGAAAAAGCGUGGGAUUUCUGAUAGUGUUUAUAAUAAGAAGGCUGCUCCUGUAGUGAAGAAAGCCAAUCCUUUUGAGAAUCACGUCAAUAGAACGAAAUUCGCCGUGCUGAAUAGGAAAACUCAGCAUGAUCGGGGGAUUCCGGGAGUUGCGAGGCAGAGGGCUUUUGACAAGCGAAAAGCCACGCUGGGAGUGGAGUUGAUGCAGCAUGGGAAAGCUAAUAGUUUCAGGGAUAGGAGGAUUGGUGGGGCAGAGGGUGGAGAGGAAGCAUUGAGGGCGAGAUUUGUUGCUGAGAUGAAGAGUGUCUAUGGGGAAAAAAGUGGGCAGUCGAAGAGGAAGAGGCUGUUUAAUUUGAAUGAGGAUGUACUAACGCACAGAGGACAGACAAUUGAGAGCAUUGAGAAGAUGGAUGAUGGACUGAGUGAGCGGGAUGAGGAGGAAUCUGACGAGGAAGGUAAGUUGGAUGCUAAGUACACGGAAGUGGCUCAUUUUGGAGGUGCUGGCAGUGCUAAGGAAGCUCUGGAGGAGAUGAUAGCUGAGACAAAGAGGCGGAAGGCUGAGAUUGCUAGAGAGAAAGAUGCUGUCCAGACGAUGACGGAGAAAUUGGAUCAGGAUUGGAGGAAUUUGAUACCGUUGAUGGGAAAAUUGGCCAGAAGUGAUAAUGAUGAGAGAGUGAAGCCAGAUGCUUAUGACAGGACCAUGCGAGAGAUGAUUUUUGAGGCGAGGGGAGAGCCUACGGAUAAAUUGAAGAGUCUGGAGGAGAUUGAGAAGGAAGAACGAGAGAAGAGGGCAAGGCUGGAAAGGGCUCAGAUGGCCAGGAUGAAAGGUGUCACGAAAAAAGACAAAAUUCCGCAGCAUCGUUCAGUUGAUGAUCUCGAUGAUGGCUACACGACCAUUGAGGCUCAUGACGAAGUCCCAGAAGAGCCUGCAAAUUUCCCAGAGCCUCCUCUCGAGGAGCCUGAAGAAGAGACAUCGUCUGAUGACUCAAGUGACGAGGAAAUCGAAGAAGUUCCGGGAAAAGUUCUUCCAAAACCAAAUCCUGAAUUUUCAUUCGAUUUUCCGCAAUCCUAUGAGGAUUUUCUGGAAUUGAUCGAGGAGGAUGCUCAGGGGGAACGUCUGGCUGCCCUCCUGGCCAAUAGUCAUCCAAAACUGGAGCCGGAGAAUAAGGAAAAAGUCCCUGUGCUUUUUUCCUAUCUCCUUCAGCGUCUAAAUGACAUUUUUGAGGAUUAUUCCAAGGAAACUGCAGAGAAAUCCUGGAAAAUUCUCUCAGGGAUUGUGCCUCAUCUCUAUGACCUGCUGCAUCUGAGCCAGGUGGAGUGCGUCGAGCUGUUCCGGGCAGUGCUGACGGAGAAGCAGCAAGAAUUCAGGAAGAAGAGGAGCAUUUUUCCCGGGAUGGAUACUUUGGUUUUCCUGAAGAUCAUCCCGAUUCUCUUUUCCACGUCGGAUUUCAGGCAUAGUGUCGCCACUCCUGGCUUAAUCUUCAUCAGUCAGAUCCUCAGUCACUGUGAAUUCCAGAGGCGGACAGAUUUUGCCAGAGGAAUCCUCCUAAUGUGCACAAUUCUGGAAUUUACUCAUCUCUCAAAGAGAUUUCUUCCAGCUUUUUGUGUCUCCUUGACUCAGAUUCUCACGCUCUGUGCCCCAAGGAGGCCCAUUGAGGUGCUCAAAGUCAUCCCUCCCUUCAGCACUGAGAUGCGUCUAACCCUUUCAGUGGCAGAAAAUUGCUCCAAAAUUGAGGAUUUGAAGAUGAAUCCGGAAGAUUUAAUUGACACAAAAGUCACUCAAUCCUUCAGAGUUCGACUUCUUCAUACAACUUUAGGCCUCAGUGGGCAGUUCCUGGAGCAAAUGAGAGACAAUCCUGGGGCAAAGUAUCUCGCUGAGGACAUAGAGAAAUGCCUAGAGAAGCUUCCACUUGAAAAUUAUCCUUCGGACACUCAAAAAAUCGCGGAAAAAAUCCAGAAACAAAUUGGCGAAAUCAAAGAAAAACCUCAGAACUACUUGAUUCCGCCCAAGAAAUCCCAAAAAAUCCCUCAACUGAAGCAGAUAGAUCCCAAAAUCAAUUCUGCCGUCUUCACGGACAGACGCAAGAGCCAGGUUAAGGAUGCAAAAGCACUCAGAGAUGCCCUGAGGCACAAAGUCAAGAGGGAGACAAAGAGUGCUCUCCGGGAGAUCCGGAGAGAUGCAGAAUUCAUCGGGAAAGUGCGCAUCAAGAAGCAAAUGCAGCUGGACCGUGAACGAAAGGAAAAAGUCAGAAGAAUCUUUGCCGAAGCCUCCGAUCAACAGGCUGAACUCAAAGCCCUGGAUAGGCACAACAAGAGAAGAAAGAAAUAAAAUCUGUUUUUUGUUGCUUUAUUUCUCAAUUAUGAUUCUUUUGAAUAAAAAGAUUGACAAAAUUUAA